AGUGAGUGAAAAGAAAUCCCCGACCACGCGCUGAUAACGAAAGGUGUCGUUUGCUUUGUAUCUCCGAUGUGCUAUAAAAACCAAGCCGAGCUAGUGAACUAUCGAUAAACACAAUUUGAACGUCGAAAAAAGUAGAAGCACAUCAAGCUUAAAUAAUAUUUCAUACAAGCAAAGAAAACUACAUACAUAAAUAAAAUGAACUUCAACAAAAUUUUCAUUCUUUUGGCUGUCUUCAUUGCCGUCUUCGCUGGACAAACUGAGGCGGGUUGGCUGAAAAAGAUUGGCAAGAAAAUUGAGCGCGUCGGUCAACAUUCUCGUGAUGCCACCAUCCAGACCGUCGCUGUGGCUCAACAGGCAGCGAAUGUUGCGGCAACAUUGAAGGGUUAACUGAAACUGUUUGGAAGUUGCUGCAACAAAUAUUUACGUACCUAAAUUAAGUUUAAUAUUUAUUUAGUUAGAUAAUUGUGUGACUGAUUUCUGGAAAUUGAAAUAAAAGUAUUUGAAUAAAACUAAAAUUUCUGAAAAAUAUAA